CGUUUGCAAAGUUGGUGCUGUUUAUAUGCGUGAGAAACGAAGUUAAAAGUUUCUUGUUGAUGUGAUCGGUUUGCGUUGUUUCGCGCACUUGCUGCGGUUCCUGCUGCACAUGCGCGUUGGUACCGUUGGUGACAUCAGCUGAGUUGGGCGGUGUGGAAUUUAAUAAGUAAUUCUCACGGUUCUCGGAGUGUGCUUCACCAUUUGUAGGUGUUUCUCCGUUUUCUGUUGCGUCGUUUAUUAAACUCGGCAUGGUGAUAACUACAAAGAUGUGUGCUGAUUGUUUUGUAAGAUAUAACUGGAAAUUUCGAUUGAAGUUUGUGAGAAUGAGGAAUAAACCAAAACAAGAAGUAUGCAAACUUUCAUACAUCUACGGCCCGCAGGAACGACCACAGCGCCCCCUGUAAAAACUCAAACAAGUAAAAACGUGUUGGUUCGAGGUUACUUGUCUGUUUUGUGAAUUUUCUAUAAAAUAAUACUUUAAAAUGGUUGCAAAAAGUAAAUUGGCUAACAAACAGCGAUUUAAAAAGGUUGCGAAAAAAUCAGCUAAAACAAAUGCAAAUGCCAAGAAACCCAAGAGACUUCCAAAAACCACAAAAACUAAAGAUAAAUCUAAUAAAACAUCAACGCCAGUUAUUCAAAAACAACCAGAAAUUGACAAUGGUGAAGAUAUGUUGGAUAUGGUUGAUGAAGAUGAUCUGCAAUUCUUGAAAUCAGCAAUAAACAACAAACAAUAUUCAAUGUUCAAUAAUGUCAGGGUUCCUGGUGGUAAAGGUAAAAAGAAAAAGAUUCAGAAAGAUGAUGACACUUUGGAAAACAAUUAUGAGAAUGAAAUUGAUGAGCAACCAAAAAUCAAAGUCAAAGCACUUUUACCAAUUAAAACUAAACAAGGCAUAGUUAAAAGAGAAGUAGAACAUGAAGAUAACAGUGAAGAAGAAGAAGAAGAUGCAGGAGUAGAAGAAAAUGAAGAUAAAGGUGAUGAUGAUGUAUCAUCCGACGAAGAAGAUUCCCCUGCAGAAAAUACCGAUGUAGACGUCUCACAACCAAUCACACCAGCACAACUUCUUCUCCAACGCGCUGAAAUCCUUCAAAAGAAAAAACUCCACAUCGGAACAUUAAGCUCCGGAUUAUUAGAAAACCCCGAAGAAAAAAUAACAAAUUUCCGCACACUAAUCAAACUACUCGAUGAUGAAACACCUGAAGUGUACAUAACAAUCAGAAAACUAGGAAUUGUUGCACUCCUAGAGGUUUUCAAAGACUUAUUACCUUCGUAUCAAAUCAAAGCGCAGGAAACCGACGGAGUUAAACUCAAAAAAGACACAUUGAAACUCCAGAAAUACGAAACUUCUCUGCUGCAAUAUUAUAAGAAGUAUCUGCAGAAACUAGAAAAGUUUGCUGGGGUUUUAUAUAAAAAACGCGGUGAUAAUCGAGUGCGCACACAAGGCGAGAAAAACGUUGGGGAAGUCGCCGUGCAUGCAAUGUGCGAUUUAUUAAUCACACAUCCGUAUUUUAACUUUGCGCCUAAUUUAGUACAAGCAAUUGUUCCAUUCUUAAAUAAUGUGAAUCGUAAUGUGCGGAUUUUGGUCGCCACGGCGUUGAAAACAGUUUUCAAAGAGGAUAAAAAGGAAGAAAUUACUUUAAAGAUUAUUAGAGUGAUUAAUCACUAUCUAAAGUCGCAUUCACACAACGUAAAUCCGGAAAUGUUGGAAAUCCUCCUCUCUCUGCGUAUAAAAGACGUGAAUCUCGAUCAGGACAAAGAGAUUGAGAUCAAAGGUAAGAAAUUAAACGCGCACAAAGCUAAUAUUCUUGCAAAACUAUCAAAAAAGGAGAAAAAACGCAAGAAGCGUUUACAGGCUUUAGAACACGAGUUAUUAGAAACCAAAGCGGAGGAAAACAAGCAGACAAAGUUGAAAAACCUCACUGAAAUAACCAAAUUCUUGUUUGGUAUUUAUUUCCGUAUUUUAAAGAGUUCCACAAACACGAAAGUUCUGAGUGUUACUUUAGAAGGUUUAGCAAAGUUUGCACAUUGUAUUAACCUAGAAUUCUACGUGGAUAUUGUUAACGUCUUGGAUAAGCUCCUCGCUGAAGACUGGCUGGGAUACAAAGAGAAGUUGCAUUGCAUACAGACUGUGUUCGCCAUUUUGAGCGGACAGGGCGAAGCAUUGAAUCUGGACCCGACUAGAUUUUAUGUGAAUUUGUACGCUGGGAUGUUGGAUAUACAUGCGGGGCGUAAUGAGAAAGAUUUCGCUGUUUUACUGCGUACGAUUAUGAUUGGUAUAAUACAACGCAGGAAGAAAAUCACCAAUAAGAGGAUUAUUGGUUUUGCAAAGCGUUUGGUUAUGUUAAGUUUACAAUCGCUGCAUGGUGGCGCUGUUGGCAGUCUGGGAGUUGUGAAGAAUAUUUUACAAUUGUGUAAAGCAGCGGAUGUUUUACUGGAUGUUGAUAAUGAGUGUGGUGAUGGCAAAUUCAACGCAGAAUUAGAUGAUCCAGAGUAUUGUAAUGCUUCCAGUACAGCGUUGUAUGAAUUAUCGUUGUUAUCCAGGCAUUAUCAUCCGAUUGUUGGUAAAUAUGCGGUGAAUAUUGCGAAAGGCGUGCCUGCGACAGGGGAAGGUAGUUUAUUACCUAUAUAUGGAAAAUGUACGCCUGAAGAACUUUAUUCCAUGUUUGACAUGUCUGAGAUGGCGUUUAAUCCGUCGAUUCCUGUGCCGAAAAAAGUACAGGUUUCUAAUAAAGUGAAGCGUCAUGCUUUUGUUGAUUGUGAGUUUAGACAGAAGUGUUUUAAGCGCUUGAAGUGUACGAAUGGGACAUAUUUUAUGCAUAUUUAAAGUGCUAAAUUAAAAUUUAUUAAAAUUUCAA